AUGACGGACGUCAAGAUGCAGGUCGACAACCCCCAAGCAACCGUCGAAGCUAUCAAGCAUGGGGAAAUCGAUGAAUCUCUUUAUAGUCGGCAGUUGUACGUUCUUGGCCACGAGGCCAUGAAGCGUAUGGGCUCUUCGAAUGUUCUAGUUGUAGGUCUCAAGGGCCUCGGUGUCGAAAUCGCCAAGAACAUUGCCCUCGCCGGUGUGAAGUCUCUCACCCUCUAUGACCCCGCCCCCGUUGCCAUCGCCGAUCUCUCUUCUCAAUUCUUCCUGCAGCCCCAGGAUGUCGGCAAGCCCCGUGCUGAAGUUACCGCCCCCAGAGUCGCCGAAUUGAACUCAUAUGUUCCGACUACAAUUCAUGAGGGCGAGAGCCUCGUGGAUGAUCUGGAAAAACUUAAGCGCUACCAGGCAGUAGUGCUCACGCAGACGCCCUUGAAGGAACAACUGAUUAUUGCCGACUUCUGCCACAAGAACGGAAUCUACCUCACCAUCACAGAUACCUUCGGUCUCUUUGGCUAUAUCUUCAAUGACUUUGGAAAGAACUUCACCGUAGGUGAUCCGACGGGUGAGGAGCCUGCCAAUGGAAUCGUGGCAGAUAUCAGCGAAGAAGGGUUGGUAUCGGCAUUGGACGAAACUCGACAUGGCCUCGAAGAUGGUGACUUUGUCACUUUCACUGAAGUCAAGGGCAUGGAUGGCCUCAAUAGUAGUGAUCCCCGCAAAGUCACUGUGAAGGGACCGUACACUUUUACUAUCGGCGAUGUCUCCGGCCUGGGAACAUACCAGGGCGGUGGUCUUUUCAACCAAGUCAAAAUGCCCAAGUUCAUUGAUUUCCAGCCACUGGAGGAGCAACUCAAGAAUCCCGAGCUUUUGAUCUCCGACUAUGCCAAAUUCGAUCGGCCGCAACAGCUGCACAUCGGUGUUCAGGCUCUUCACAAGUUUGCAGAGAUUCAUGGUGGCCAGUUGCCUCGUCCUCAUAAUGAUAGCGACGCACAGGAAGUCCUGAAGCUUGCUACUGAUCUCGCUGCAGCUGGUGAAGACAAGGUGGAGCUCGAUGAGAAGGUUAUCAAGGAGCUCAGCUACCAGGCGCGUGGCGAUUUGAACCCCUUGGCUGCUUUCUUCGGCGGUAUCGCUGCCCAGGAAGUUCUGAAGGCCGUUUCUGGCAAGUUCGGUCCUGUGCAGCAGUGGAUGUACUUUGAUUCCCUGGAGUCGUUGCCUUCGUCUGUCACUCGAUCUGAGGAGAGCUGCAAGCCCCUUGGCACUCGUUACGAUGGCCAGAUUGCCGUGUUUGGCAAAGAAUACCAGGAUAAGCUUGCCAAUGUCACUGAAUUUUUGGUCGGCUCCGGUGCCAUCGGCUGUGAGACCCUCAAGAACUGGGCCAUGAUGGGUCUUGGUACCGGCCCGAAGGGAAAGAUCUUUGUCACCGACAUGGAUCAAAUUGAGAAGAGCAACCUUAACCGCCAAUUCUUGUUCCGCACUAAGGACGUUGGUAGGCUCAAGAGUGAAUGUGCAUCUGCAGCUGCUCAGACCAUGAACCCAGAGCUGAAUGAUAAAAUUGUUACUCUUCGUGACCGCGUUGGUGCGGAUACUGAGCAUGUGUUCGAUGAAAAUUUCUGGAACGGCCUCGACGGUGUGACAAAUGCUUUAGACAAUGUCGAUGCACGAACAUAUGUUGAUCGCCGCUGUGUUUUCUUCCGCAAGCCUUUACUUGAGAGUGGCACCCUUGGCACCAAGGGUAACACCCAGGUCAUUCUUCCCUUCAUCACAGAGUCUUACUCCAGCUCUCAAGAUCCCCCGGAGAAGUCGUUCCCUAUGUGCACCUUGAAGAGUUUCCCGAACCGCAUUGAGCACACUAUUGCCUGGGCACGGGAUCUUUUCCAAACGUACUUCGUUGGCCCACCCGAAUCGGUCAACAUGUACCUCUCCCAACCCGACUACAUCCAGCAGACCCUCAAGCAGGCGGGUAAUGAGAAGCAGACACUGGAGCACUUGCGAGACUUCUUGGUAACUGAAAAGCCCUUGACAUUUGAUGAUUGCAUUGUUUGGGCUCGCCAGCAAUUUGAAGCGCAGUACAACAACGCGAUUCAACAGCUUCUUUACAACUUCCCCCGGGAUUCCAAGACAUCUUCUGGUCAACUAUUCUGGUCUGGACCUAAGCGCGCGCCUACACCCUUGAAGUUCGACAGCACUAACGCAACUCAUCUCGGGUUUGUCAUUGCCGGCGCCAAUCUCCACGCAUUCAACUACGGCAUCAAGAAUCCCGGCGCAGACAAGGGCUACUACCGCAGGGUAGUGGACGAUAUGAUUAUUCCCGAGUUCACCCCGAGCUCGAAUGUCAAGAUCCAGGCCAAUGAAAACGAUCCUGACCCCAAUGCCCAACCAGCCGGGUCUUCCUCUGAUGAAGAGGAAAUUCAGAAGCUUGUCUCCUCUCUUCCUUCGCCAAAGUCACUUGCUGGCUUCCGUUUGGAGCCAGUUGAGUUUGAGAAGGAUGAUGAUACCAACCACCAUAUUGAUUUCAUCACCGCAGCAAGCAAUCUUCGUGCGGAUAACUAUGAUAUCCCUCAAUCUGACCGACACAAGACCAAAUUCAUUGCUGGAAAGAUCAUUCCGGCCAUUGCCACCACGACCGCUUUAGUUACUGGCCUCGUUGCCCUGGAGUUGUACAAGGUUGUUGAUGGCCAGGACGAUAUUGAAAAAUAUAAGAACGGUUUCGUCAACCUUGCGCUCCCUUUCUUUAGCUUCAGUGAGCCUAUUCAAAGUGAAAAGGGCAAGUACCAGGGCAAGACAGGCGAGGUCACAAUCGAUAAGCUAUGGGACCGAUUUGAGGUGGACGACAUUCCCCUCCAGGAGUUCCUCAACUACUUCGCCGAAAAGGGCUUGGACAUCACCAUGGUCAGCUCCGGGGUCAGUCUGCUGUAUGCAAGCUUCUACCCUCCCUCGAAGGUUAAGGACCGUCUUCCUCUCACCAUGAGCAAGCUCGUGGAACACGUCAGCAAGAAGCCAGUUCCUGAUCACCAAAAGAACAUCAUCUUCGAGGUGACUGCUGAGGACCAGACCGAAGAGGAUGUCGAAGUCCCCUAUGUCAUGGUCAAGCUUCGCAAAUAA